CUUUACUCAGCGUUUCUGACAAGACCAACCUGGUGGAGUUUGCGAAGAGCCUGAACGCGCUCGGCCUGGGUUUGAUUGCCUCCGGAGGAACGGCCAAGUCCCUCAGGGAUGCUGGCUUGCCGGUCAGGGAUGUCUCAGACCUGACGGGCUUCCCUGAGAUGCUGGGUGGGCGUGUGAAAACCCUUCAUCCUGCAGUCCAUGCUGGCAUCUUGGCUCGCAAUAUUCCAGAGGAUAAUGCUGAUAUGAAGAAACAGGAUUUCAGCCUUGUAAGAGUUGUAGUGUGCAACCUGUACCCCUUUGUGAAGACCGUGUCUUCUCCUGGUGUGACUGUCCAGGAUGCAGUGGAAAAGAUUGAUAUUGGGGGAGUGGCCCUGCUGCGGGCAGCUGCCAAGAACCACGCCCGUGUGACAGUGCUGUGUGACCCUGCAGACUAUGCUGCAGUAGCUAAAGAGAUGGCAGCCUCCAGGGACAGAGACACUGCCAUGGAAACCCGGCGCCUGCUGGCACUCAAGGCCUUCACCCACACUGCUCAGUACGAUGCAGCCAUCUCUGACUACUUCAGGAAGGAGUACAGCAAGGGGGUAUCGCAGCUGCCCCUGAGGUACGGCAUGAAUCCUCACCAGAGUCCAGCUCAGCUCUACACCACGAGCCCCAAACUGCCCCUGACAGUGGUGAAUGGCUCCCCGGGCUUCAUCAACCUCUGCGACGCCCUCAACGCCUGGCAGCUGGUGAAGGAGCUCAAGCAGGCGCUGGGCAUCCCGGCCGCAGCCUCCUUCAAGCACGUCAGCCCCGCAGGUGCUGCUGUUGGAGUUGCGCUCAGCGAGGAGGAGGCCCACGUGUGCAUGGUGCACGACUUGCACAAGAGCCUGACGCCCCUGGCCUCGGCCUACGCCCGCAGCAGAGGUGCUGAUCGGAUGUCCUCCUUUGGUGACUUCAUUGCCCUGUCUGAUGUCUGUGACGUGCCUACUGCCAAGAUCAUCUCCAGAGAGGUGUCUGAUGGUGUGGUGGCUCCUGGCUAUGAGGAAGAAGCUCUCAAAAUCCUUUCCAAAAAGAAGAAUGGUGCUUACUGUGUGCUCCAGAUGGAUCCCCAGUACGAGCCCGACGACCUGGAGGUGCGCACCCUCUACGGGCUGAACCUGAUGCAGAAGAGGAACAACGCCGUCAUCGACCGCUCGCUGUUCAAGAACGUUGUCACCAAGAACAAAAACCUGCCCGAGGCCGCCGUGCGGGACCUGAUCGUGGCCAGCAUCGCUGUCAAGUACACGCAGUCCAACUCGGUGUGCUACGCCAAGGAUGGCCAGGUGAUCGGGAUCGGCGCGGGGCAGCAGUCCCGCAUCCACUGCGAUGAGGACCUGGUGAAGUGGCAGGCCCUGUUUGAAGAGGUGCCCAAGCAGCUGACAGAAGCAGAGAAGAAGCAGUGGAUUGCCAAACUCUCUGCUGUGUCCCUCAGCUCCGAUGCCUUCUUCCCUUUUAGGGAUAACGUCGACAGAGCCAAGCGGAGUGGAGUUCAGUUCAUCGCUGCCCCGUCAGGCUCGGCUAACGACGACGUCGUGAUCGAGGCCUGCAACGAGCUGGGGAUCACCCUCAUCCACACCAACCUCCGUCUGUUCCACCACUGAGCCCUCUCUGGGCACGGCCUCACCAGCAGCCACGUGGCACUGCUGUCCUGGGAGGCUCCUGCAGCCUGGGAAGGGGCCUUUCCCCUUGUUCAAGGAGAAGGGAGAGGUACAACUUGGCUUCCAGUGUAGAAAAUCAGUGACUUUUGCAAAUAAACGUACAGUUGUUAGCUA